AAUUGGCAGAACUAUCAAUUUCCAUCUCUAAAUUCAUCUCAUUCUCAUCCUCGAAAGGAACGCCAUUAUGCAGUUAGCACAAAAUACUCUCGCCAAUGCCUCAGACCGCCAACUCCCCACUGCUCCAUUUGGACACAAUGGUCCACUCGUUACUCGCCUCGGCUACGGAUUGAUGGGACUAAGUUGUUUCUACGGCCCUCCAAAACCCGACCACGAACGUCUCGCCAUCCUCGACGCGGUAUUCGAGCAAGGCUGUCGUUUCUGGGAUACCGCCGACUGUUACGCUGAUAGUGAAGAUCUUCUCGCAAAAUGGUUUGCCCUGAACCCAGAGAAACGCUCCAAGAUUUUCCUGGCCACUAAAGUCGGCUUCAGAUUCGACAACGGUGAAAUGAGCAUCGACUCGUCGCCAGAAUACGUGAUGAAAGCUGCUGAAAAGUCUCUGUCAAGGCUUGGAGUCGAGUAUAUUGAUCUAUUGUAUGCUCAUCGAGUAGACAAAGUCACACCGAUUGAGAAAACAAUGGAAGCAAUGACGCAGUUGAAAAAGCAGGGCAAAAUUCGCCAUAUCGGGCUUUCUGAAGUGUCUAGCGAGACUUUGAGGAGGGCUUGUAAGGUGGAGAAGGUGGAUGCUGUACAAGUCGAGUAUUCUCCAUUUUCGCUGGACAUCGAAUCUGAGCAGAUUGGGCUCUUGAAGACAGCAAGGGAGCUAGGUGUCGCCAUCGUCGCAUACGCGCCUCUAGGUCGAGGUAUGCUGGGCGGCAAUAUCAGGAGCAACAGUGACCUCUCUGAUGAUGAUACGAGGAAGUAUUCGCCUAGGUUCAGCGAAGAAAACUUCCCUAAGAACUUGAAGCUGGUUGAUACUUUGACCUCCAUCGCUGAGAAGAAGAAUAUCACUGCUUCUCAAUUGACGCUGUCCUGGCUUUUGGCUCAAGGAGAUGAUAUUUUUCCCAUCCCAGGCACGACUUCCCUGCCCCGCAUCCAGGAAAACUACACCUCCUCUACCAUCCACCUCACCAACAAAGAGACAGCAGAAAUCAGGAAAGCAUGUGAAGAAGCAAUUGUACAUGGAGCAAGAUAUCCCGAUGACUUUUUGAAGGAUACUUUUGUUGAUACUGCUGUGCUGUGAUAUGAUAGCUUAGGCGGGAGGUAUUGAGAAGUGGAUGGUUAGGUGGGGGGAGAGGCCACGAGGGUAUCGCUAUCGAGGAGGUUGUUGAAGAGGGAAAAGGACUUGCGUCUCGUCGACUCUGGAUACACGACACUGGGUAUGUUUAGCUGACGAAGGGCAAGAAUAUGUUUGAGAGUAAAUGUUCAGAGAGAGAGAAAUCGGCAACGAAGUUUUCGAACAUGGGUUGAACGGGAACAGGUAUUGCAUAGGUUCGAUGUCAUGAAUCUACUUCCCUUGCAAGACAGCGAUGAA